CAUGGGUGCCGUGUUGCCGUGUCAUCAGAAUAACAUAUAGCAAAAACGUUUAGAAAUUGAAGAUCGAUCAUCGCAUUUAUUUAAUCAUUUAACCGGCAUAGUCUUGAUUUACUUACGACAAUGCCUUCCAUUAGAAGCUUGACGAUGACUUUGGACGCGGUGAAUGAGAACGGGACGUUUUCGGAGGGAGACCGUUUAACUGGAAAAGUAACACUGGACUUAAUCAAGGAAAUUACGGUUCAGAGUCUGCAUAUUAAAGCUAAGGGAGACGCUGUUGUUCGUUGGACGCAAAAGAGGGGCGAUCACUCCCAUACAUACAGUGCACAAAGGAGAUAUUUCAAACUGAAGCAGUUUUUAGUCCCAGUGGAAUCCAAGGACACCAUCAUUCCCCGAGGGACCCAUGUCUAUAAAUUUAGCUUCAACAUACCACCAGGAAGCAUGCCUUCAUCCUUCAAGGGGACUCAUGGAAAGAUUGUUUACAAGCUGGAAGCUGCGCUGUCCAGGAGUUGGAGGAUGGACCGUAAAGUAGAAAAGGAGAUACAUUUCGUCUCCAAGUCCUUUCCAAAUCUUCAGUCUCUGAUGUCAUCCCAAGUUGCUUCAGCAAAAAAAGAGAUGGGGCUUUUCUCAAAAGGACAUGUACAGAUGGAUGUCACUGUUGACAGAAGGGCGUAUGCCCCAGGUCAAACAGUGGCAAUUGUUGCAAAAAUCAACAAUUCCUCAUCCAGUGACAUGACACCCAAAUUCAGUUUAAUCCGGGAUGUUUUGUUCCAUGCCAGCAGCAAUGUGAAGCAAGAAAGAAGCGUUAUCCACAAGGUGGUUGACAGCUGUAUUAGAUCCCACACAGAGAAGAGCGUCAGCUGUGUAAUAAGGAUUCCUCAUGGUCAGAUACAGACAAUCCAGAAUUGUGAGAUUAUCUCAGUGGAAUACUAUUUAAAGGUGUAUCUGGACAUCAGCUUUGCUUCCGAUCCAGAGGUCACUUUCCCAGUCGUCAUUCUUCCUCCUGACUUAGCUCUUGGCACUCAGCCUGGUGUGGCUGCGGGUCCCUAUCCAGCUGGGGCUACUGGGGGCCCAAGUAGGAGCGACUUCCCUCCCCUAGCAGUGUCUAAGCAUUCUUCUCCUGCAUCCCCACAUUCAGGCAGUCACGAAUACCCAGGAGCUCAAAGGUAUUCAGCACCAGGACCUGCAUACCCAGCUAGCCCACAAAUGUAUGCUGCACCACCCAAUGUGUACUGGGGUCAGCCAGCACACAUGAGCAGGGGCUACAAUAACCCAGUGCCACAGCACGCUUCUCCAUAUGGAUCUCCAUUUUCAUCCUCAUCGUCAACUUCUGUGCUUCACCCUCCGCCUACUGCUCCAGCGUUUCAUCCAUCCCCAUCUGCCCCAGAGAUCCAGCCAUCCCCUUCUGCACCGUUUAACAUAUCCCCAACUGCUCCUUCAUACAAUGCACUGCCUUCUACACCAAUGAUGAACACAGACUUCCUGUCUCAAUCAGAUGAACCUCCUCCAGCGUAUUCUCUCCUUUUCCCAUCCUCUGCAACUGACACGCCUGAUGCAAAUAAAUAGAAUAGUUAACAAUGCAAAAUCGGAUCACAUAAAUCAUGUCUUAUUUAGGCUAUUGGUGUGGUUAAAUUUGAAGCGUGAUUUUAAAUUUAAAAAAAAUCAUUGAGUGCAAUAUUUACUGUUUGCAUGCAAACAAUUAUAUAUAAAAGUAGGACUUUUGAAUUGUAUGUGUUAGUGGUUUUCUGGUCAGUUGUCAGGUUGGUAAUUGGCUUUGUCCAGCUCCUAAAGUACUCACUCCAACCUCAGUUAUCAGGAUACACUGUGUUUUACGUGCCUUGUUCAACUCAAGUGUCCCGCUGAUCAAUUUUUCUGCCUUACAGUUAAUACCUACUCUCUACCUCACUAUUCUGUGUGGAGGCUACUUACUGUGUUAAGAAAAAAAAAACUUUUUAUACUUUUUUUUCAGUGAAGGGGCCAAAUAUAUAUUUUCCAUUUAUUUUAAUGUCUGUUGAGUUUAACAUGAGACAGCGACUUCUAUCUGUGUCAUUAGUAACAAUACUUUGCAAACCUGAUUUGUUGUUAUACUAACAAAUUGCCAGUGUUGUCUUGGAAUAAAGAACUGUCAGGUAAAGUUUC